UUUCAAUUUUGAUUUUUUUAACCUUCUCGAGUACGACAACGGAGACUGAGGGCGGCGACGACCUUCUCCGGUGGCCCUCUCGAUCUCCGAUUAAGAAGAAAAAUCGUAAAAAAAGCAUAAAAUUUCGAAAACCCCACAAAAAAGUUGCGAAUUUCGGUACUUUUGUUCCUUCUUUUUUUGUAUUUCGUUCAGAUCUCAUGAUUCGUGGUCCGUGCCAUCGCGGUUCCUGAAUCGUUGAUGCGACGAUCCAAUGCCCAUUCCAGGGUGAAGAGUAAAUCAGACAGAGCAGGAAUGGAUCCGAUUAGACUCCAGACCCGACCCGGAAACCGAUCGUCGUCGAUCAACGCGUUCGCUAGAGCGAAUUCCAAAAACGCGAAAUCGAAUCCCAUGCUAACCAUCGCUUCCAUCGCAACUGCAGUGGGAUUUCUCUUCGUCUGCUAUUCGAUUUUGUUCCCCGGAAUGAAUCGGAUGAGCUCGCUCCGAUACAGCGUUGUGAUUGACGGGGGAAGCACAGGGACCAGAAUCCACGUUUUCGGGUACCGUAUCGAAUCCGGGAAACCCGUUUUUGAUUUCCGAGGACAAAAUUAUGCGAGCUUGAAGGUGAAUCCGGGCCUGUCGGCUUACGCGGAGGAUCCCGAUGGAGCGGACGUGUCAUUAUCGGAGCUUGUGGAGUUCGCGAAACGGAGAAUUCCGAAGGGGUUGUGGAUAGAGAGUGAGAUUAGGUUAAUGGCAACUGCUGGGAUGAGAUUGCUCGAAUUGCCUGUUCAGGAGCGGAUUCUAGAAGUUACGAGAAGGGUUCUGAGAACUUCUGGGUUUAAGUUCCGAGACGAAUGGAGCUCUGUAAUCUCGGGAUCUGAUGAAGGUAUAUACGCAUGGGUUGUGGCAAAUUAUGCGCUCGGUACUCUUGGAGGUGAUCCUCUUCAAACAACAGGGAUUAUUGAACUCGGAGGGGCUUCUGCUCAGGUGACGUUUCUGUCAAGUGAGCCAGUGCCCCCAGAGUUCUCACGUACAGUAUCAUUUGGAAAUUUUUCUUACAGCCUAUACAGUCACAGUUUCCUUCACUUCGGGCAGAAUGCUGCUCAUGAAAAACUAUGGGGAUCGCUCGUCUCAGCUGAACAGAAUUCGGCUGCUGAAUCUGUACAGAAAAGAAUAUUUAUGGACCCUUGUAUUCCUAAAGGCUAUGAUCUUGAUACGAACUCGCCAAAGCUUUUAUCUGGAUUCUUGGCUGGUAAAAAUACAUUUACCGCCGUUCAAGCUGGGGGUAAUUUCUCAGAGUGCCGGUCUGCCGCAUUGGCAAUCUUGCAGGAUGGAAAAGACGCAUGCCCCUAUCAACAUUGUUCUGUUGGAUCAACAUUCACACCUAAGCUCCGAGGGAAAUUUUUGGCGACAGAAAAUUUCUUCUAUACUUCUAAGUUCUUUGGGUUGGGAGAAAAGGCAUCGUUGUCUGAUCUGAUUUUUGCUGGAGAGAAAUUCUGUGGAGAGGAUUGGUCAAAGUUGCGGGUAAAAAACCCGUCACUAGAGGAUGAGGAUUUGCUCCGGUACUGCUUCUCCUCGGCGUAUAUUGCGGCACUACUUCACGAUAGUCUCGGUAUUUCUCCCGACGAUGGAAGAGUCAUAUUCACAAAUCAAGCGGGAGAGAUACCGCUUGAUUGGGCGUUAGGGGCAUUCAUCCUAAAUACAGCAAUGACCAUCUCUCAUGCAUCACCCCAUCAUCGUCUUGCUUGGUUCGAUGCCCUGAUCGGUCAGGACUCAACAAAGCUGCUCUAUCUCGUUGGUAUACCAAUCUUUCUUGCCUUUUCGGUAUAUUUGGUAUCGAAGUGGAGAAAACCGCAGCUGAAAACAGUGUAUGACCUCGAGAAAGGGCGGUAUAUAGUCACCCGAGUUAGAUGAUGAUCUGUCUCUCAGACAAGACAGAAAGGGCAAAACUCUUAUCAACCGUUGUCCCAUUGGUUCCUCCUCCUCCAUCUCCCCAAACCUAAGAGCCAUCUCUCAAUCGGGCACAUCUGAGUUGCUGUUCUUCAUGCUUUGGGGGGACUCAUAUGCAGGGUUUGGCUAAUGCCCCUUUUGCCCUUUUGUGUUGCUUUGGUUUGCAAUUUCAGUCGGGAAGAUUUCACAAAUUUAGAUCAUAUUGUCAUGAUUUGUAUUGUCACUGCCACGCUUGGUAUCUUCUUUUUAUAUAUAAAUUAGUGUUUUUCUCUCUCA